AUGUCACGUGGUGUCACGCGAUAUGUCGGGGUCUUGCCGACUGGUUGUAAACAGCCUUCAUUUUGGAAACAGCUCGACGAGCUUCGGUCAGACUUCUCUAAGAUGGAGGAUGAGACCAAUAAGCUGAGAGAGCGGAUCGAGUACAUUACCUCGUCAUUGGUGCCACUACACCGUCGCAUCUUGCUCGACCUUGCACUGGACAAAGUUAUCAGCCUUGUUGCUGGGACAGAAAAGAUGCUGGGGUGGCGGUCAAGGCAUAAAGCAAUAAAGCACACAUGCCAGAGUCUGGGGGGACACGGCGCUCUUCAAGCUCGUCGCAUGAGGUAUACUCCAUCCAAGGAGGCCCUUGACUUCCUUUUCACCCAUCAUGAUGUCUUCCGGAGAUGUAACAAUGCGGUACAUGUUCCCACUGUGGAUGUGGGUGAAAUGAGGGAGGGACUGUUGGAUUUUCCUGCUGACGAGAGGACCAGACGUGCACUUGGGAGCCUCUUUGCAUUCACGUUCGAGGAACCCUACAUGUAGCAUUGCUAAUUAACCCUGUCCUCGCCCCGCAGCACACCAGAUGGAUGAUGCAACAGUUGCGAUAUGUUUCCCAUCAUUUCUGUGCAUCCUUAAUUCGUGAGUUGUACAUUGCUGAAUGCAUGAAACAGUCGUGUCUUGUUCGUCAGUGACCGUGUGCGUGUAUCUAUAGCAAGGCUCAACCGCAGCGGCAACGACUUGACUCAUAUUUCGGUAAACAGUGGAUCUGGUGCCAGCUACACGACUUCGGAGGGAAUCAGGGUACGGAGGGCAUCUUCGCCAACGUCACCGCUGCCCCCAUCGAGGCUACGAUGUACUACU